UUCGGCAACUAGGUCAAACAUGGCCGCCGAGGCCCCUGGUGUAAACGAGAUGUGACACGGCAACAGCUGGGGCCCGGGUUUGCGGCAGCAACUGGCGACAUGCAGAGGGACAGCCAGUAGAGACACACUGACCCGUCUGUGUCUCUGCAGAGACGCGAGUCCUCGGUGAUGACUUCAGAUGCGCACAGACGGGUUUCGUCUACACAACCAGGAGGUCGCGUCGGCUGCCGACCUGAUGCCAUUGCAGCCAUGGAGAGCACCAAGCCGCUCGGCAGAGACAAUCCUCUGGUCACGUCUGGCUGGUUUUCAAGGACGUUUCUGUGCUGGUUGACCCCGUUGCUGCAACUGGGCCACAAACGAAGGCUGGAGGAGAGCGACAUGUACAGAGUCCUACCAGACGACCGCUCUGAAACCCUGGGAGAGGAACUGCAGAGGUUUUGGGACCGUGAAGUUCGAACGGCCUCCAAGGAACUCCAGAAACCAAACCUGGCCAGAGCUCUCCUCAGGUGCUACGGGAAGUCGUACGCCUUCGCUGGGAUCUUUGUGUUUUUGCUGGAGAGCAUUAAAGUCUUCCAGCCACUUCUCCUGGGGAGAAUAAUCUUGUUCUUUGAGACGUACCAGCCGGACGACCAGAGCGGCCUGAGCGCGGCGUACGCCUACGCUGCUGCCAUGUCCAUCUCCAGCUUCGGACUCACCGUCCUCCAACACUUCUACUACUACCACGUUCAAAGGACUGGGAUGAAGAUGAGAGUGGCCAUGUGUCACGUCAUCUACAGGAAGGCUCUUGGUCUCAGCAGUGAAUCCAUGGGCCGAACAACCACCGGACAAAUCGUGAACCUCCUGUCAAAUGACGUCAACCGUUUUGAUGAGGUUACACUGAACCUCCACUACCUGUGGGUGGGGCCUCUACAAGCGGUCGUGAUCAUCGUGUUCCUCUGGUACGAGAUCGGCCCGUCGUGUCUGGCCGGCGUCGCCGUCCUCACUCUCAUGCUGCCUCUUCAGACCUGGUUCGGGAAACUCUUUGGCCUCUUCAGGGGUAAAACCGUGGUCCUCACUGACGGCAGGCUGCGCAUCAUGAACGAAGUGGUUUCUGGCAUCAGGAUCAUCAAGAUGUACGCCUGGGAGAAACCCUUCUCGGCGCUGGUCACGGAAGUCAGGAGGAAGGAGAUCAGCCAGGUCCUGAAGAGCUCCUACUUGCGAGGGCUCAACAUGGCGUCCUUCUUCGCCAGCAGCAAGAUAAUCAUCUUCAUCACCUUCACCAUCUACUCCCUCCUGGGCAACAGCAUCACCGCCAGCCGGGUGUUCGUCACCGUGUCGCUCUACGGCACCAUCAAGCUCACCCUCACCCUCUUCUUCCCUCUGGCCGUGGAGAAGCUGUCUGAGACCGUGGUCAGCGUCCGCAGGAUUAAGAGCUUCCUCCUGCUGGAUGAGGUGGAGAGAAAAAACUUUGCGCUGCCGCUGGAGAAGAAGGAGAGUUCGGUGGAGAUGGAGCAACUGACCUGCUACUGGGACAAGAGUCUGGACGCGCCGUCUCUGCAGAACGUCUCCGUCACAGCUUCCUCUCAGCAGCUCCUCACCGUCAUCGGUCCGGUGGGAGCAGGGAAGUCGUCCCUGCUCAGCGCCAUCUUGGGCGAGCUGCCUCACGACGCCGGGAAGCUGAAGGUCCGAGGUCAGCUGACCUACGCCUCCCAGCAGCCCUGGGUUUUCCCCGGCACCAUCCGCAGCAACAUCCUCUUUGGGAGAGAGUUCAACGCCAAGAAGUACGAGAGCGUCCUCAGAGCCUGCGCUCUGAAAAGGGACCUGGAGCUGCUCCCAGAUGGAGACCAGACUCUGAUCGGGGACAGAGGGGCCACGCUGAGCGGAGGACAGAAGGCUCGGGUCAACCUGGCCAGGGCCGUGUAUCAGGACGCAGACGUUUACCUCCUGGAUGAUCCUUUGAGUGCAGUGGAUGCUGAAGUCGGGAAACACAUUUUUGAACAGUGCAUCUGUGGCCUCCUGAAGAACAAGUGUCGCAUCCUGGUCACCCACCAGCUGCAGUACCUGAGGGCGGCCGACCAGAUCCUGGUCCUCAAAGAGGGUCACGUCAUGGCGCAGGGAACCUACACCGAGCUGCAGGGUUCGGGGAUGGACGUGGCGUCUCUGCUGAGGAGCGACGAGGACCAGGAUCCGUCGUCUCCGUCGGCUGAGCCAGACAAACUGUCUCUGCACAGCCAGAGGACGACUCUGUCCCACGGGUCACACUGCUCGUACAGCAGCCUCCUGCCACCAGAGGGCGCCGACAAGCUCCCUGUUGAAAACGUUCGAACUGUAGCUGAGGAGACUCGAGCUGAAGGGAAUGUCAGCAGCCACAUUUACUACAAGUAUUACACUGCAGGCUGCAACCUGGUGGUUUUAAUGGUCAUAAUCCUGUUCAGUAUGAUAGCAGAGGUCUCAUAUAUCCUGCAGGACUGGUGGCUGGUGUUCUGGGCGAGAGCGGAUCUCUCUAACGGCACCGAUGCAGCCGCUGAUGUUAAAUAUGAAGUGAAUGUAACUGUCUCAGAUCAAGGCUGUGAUCUGUCCUUCUACCUCGGUGUUUAUUCAGGUUUAACUGCUGCUGCUGUGGUAUUCGGCUACGCCAGGUGUUUGGUGAUAUUUCACGGGCUGGUCAGAGCCACUCAGACUCUCCACAACAACAUGUUCAUCUCCGUCCUGCGUGCGCCCGUUCGCUUCUUCGACGUCAACCCCAUAGGAAGGAUCCUCAACAGGUUUUCCAAAGACAUCAGCCAAAUGGACUCCAUGCUCCCCAUCACCUUUGUGGACUUCUAUCAAUUGUUUCUCCAAAAUGUGGGCGUGGUGGCGGUGGCGGCCUCCGUCAUCCCCAUCAUCCUCGUCCCCGUCGUUCCUCUGCUUCUGAUCUUCCUCUUCCUGAGGCGCUUCUACCUCCGGACGUCCAGAGACGUCAAGCGUCUGGAGUCCACCACUCGGAGUCCCGUCUUCUCCCACCUGUCCUCGUCUCUCCAGGGCCUGUGGACGAUCCGAGUGUUCAGGGCUGAGGAGAGGUUGAAGAAGACGUUUGACGCCCAUCAGGACCUGCACUCAGAGGCCUGGUUCUUGUUCCUGAUGACCUCCCGCUGGUUUGCGCUAAACCUCGACAGCAUCUGCUCCAUGUUCGUCACCCUCACAACGUUUGGCUGCAUCCUGCUCAGAGAUGGGCUGGAGGCUGGUCAGGUGGGCCUGGUGCUGACGUACGCUGUGACGCUGGUGGGAAACUUCCAGUGGACAGUGAGGCAGAGUGCAGAGGUGGAGAACAUGAUGACGUCUGUGGAGAGAGUGGUGGAGUACGCAGAGCUGGAGAGCGAAGCAUCCUGGGAAACCCACAAGACUCCGCCUCCCGACUGGCCGAGCCGAGGGAUGGUGACCUUCAACCGGGUCAACUUCUCCUACAGCGCAGACGGUCCGGUCGUCCUCAGAGACGUCAGCGCCACCAUCCAGCCCAGCGAGAAGGUUGGUAUCGUGGGGAGAACGGGAGCUGGGAAGAGCUCCCUGGUCUCGGCUCUGUUCCGCCUGGCAGAGCCUCAGGGGAAGAUCUACAUCGACGGCGUCGUCACGUCCGAGAUCGGCCUCCACGACCUGCGCCAGAAGAUGUCCAUCAUUCCUCAGGACCCGGUGCUGUUCACUGACACUGUGAGGAAGAACCUGGACCCUUUCAACCAGCACACUGAUGAGGAGCUGUGGAGAGCUCUGGAAGAGGUUCAGCUGAAGUCUGUGGUGGAGGAGCUACCUGCUAAGUUGGAGACGGUCCUGGCAGAGUCCGGCUCCAACUUCAGCGUGGGUCAGAAGCAGCUGGUGUGUCUGGCCAGAGCCAUCCUCAGGAAGAACCGCAUCCUCAUCAUCGACGAGGCCACAGCCAACGUGGACCCCAGAACGGAUGAGCUGAUCCAGAAAACCUUACGAGACAAGUUCAGAGACUGCACCGUCCUCACCAUCGCCCAUCGCCUCAACACCAUCAUAGACAGCGACCGCAUCCUGGUGCUCGACAGUGGCUCCAUCCAGGAGUUCGACCGACCCUUCGCUCUGCUGCAGAACAAAGAGGGAGCUCUGUACAAGAUGGUGCAGCAGACGGGCCAGACGGAGGCGGCCGCCCUGAUGGAGGCAGCCAGACAGGCAGCGCAGCGUCCAGUCUAGUUCUACCAAACCUCCAACCUCAUGAAAUCAACUGGUUUCUAGUUGAAUCCUGUAAUAGCCGAUGGAAAUGUGAUUCUCUGUGGAGAAAUGUUUGUGUCUCUUUGUAAAGAUGCUCAUCAGGUCAAAUGUCUUUGUGGGAACUGUUUAAGGGCUCAGCGAUUAAAUGUGAUAAAUGUCCAGAGUUGAACCUGUGAAACUUGACAUUAUGAAGCUGAUCUGAACCGUCACAUUUUUGUACAUGUUUUCUCAUAAAGUUUUAUUUAAUUUGUAA